AUGUUGACCGAUCUUAGAAUUAAAAGAGCACCAUUAGCAUCUGCCAUUGUCAGACCAACCGUUGUCGCCAGAAUCAACCCCAUUUUAAUAACAAAACAACAACCAAUCAAUUUCAUUCGUUCAUACAGUGGUCAUGCUCCAUUAGGUAGAGAAGAAGCCACCGAAAGGAUUAUAGAAUUAUUAGAAGGAUAUGACAAAGUAGACAUUUCUAAGGGUAUUACUGAACAAUCUUCAUUUGUUCAAGAUUUGGGAUUGGAUUCAUUGGAUGUGGUUGAGGUUGUUAUGGAAUUAGAACAUGAAUUUAGUAUUGAAAUCCCUGAUAAUGAGGCUGAUAGUAUUAAGACUGUUGGACAGGCUAUUGAUUAUAUCAUGGCCCAACCUGAUGCUGUUUAA